AGGCGCGUGCGCCGCCCGGUCGCUGGUGGGGGAAGGAAGAUGGCGGCAGGCCGUGGUGGGGGCUCGUGAGGCGGCGGCUUCCGGGGCCGGAGGGACGAGGCGAGUGGCGAGGCGACAGGAGCGCGGAGUUGGGGUACGAGAGACCGGCUGGACGUCUUUCAGAAACAAGAUAGCCAUGGCCACAGAAAUUGGCUCCCCGCCCCGAUUUUUCCAUAUGCCGAGGUUCCAGCACCAGGCGCCUCGGCAGUUGUUCUACAAAAGACCUGAUUUUGCACAGCAGCAAGCAAUGCAACAGCUUACCUUUGAUGGAAAGCGGAUGAGAAAAGCUGUGAACCGAAAAACCAUAGACUACAAUCCCUCUGUAAUUAAAUAUUUGGAGAAUAGAGUAUGGCAGAGAGACCAGCGAGAUAUGCGAGCAAUCCAGCCUGAUGCAGGAUAUUAUAAUGACUUGGUCCCUCCUAUAGGAAUGCUGAACAACCCUAUGAAUGCUGUAACGACAAAAUUUGUUCGGACUUCUACUAAUAAAGUAAAAUGCCCAGUGUUUGUUGUCAGGUGGACUCCUGAGGGGAGACGCUUGGUCACUGGUGCAUCUAGUGGAGAGUUCACUUUAUGGAAUGGACUGACUUUCAAUUUUGAAACGAUAUUGCAGGCUCACGACAGCCCUGUAAGGGCUAUGACUUGGUCACACAAUGAUAUGUGGAUGCUGACAGCAGACCACGGGGGAUAUGUGAAAUACUGGCAGUCCAACAUGAACAACGUCAAGAUGUUCCAGGCACAUAAGGAGGCGAUUAGAGAGGCCAGUUUCUCACCCACGGAUAAUAAAUUUGCUACAUGCUCUGACGACGGCACUGUUAGAAUCUGGGACUUUCUACGUUGCCAUGAGGAGAGAAUUCUUCGAGGAACAAUUCUAGUCUUGCCUUCCAAAGAGGAUUGGAAAAACAAAUUGGAAGUGGUAAGUUACGUAGGACUACUUCUUACGGUUUUACUGGAGUUCUUUCAGCUGUCUACAGUAGGCUAUGCUUUUUUUUUUUCAGUAGUUAAAGCCAUGAAUAUAUGGGCUGCGUGAGAAACACUUAUUAACUGUGUCCAGCUUCCUUUUAAUUUGUCAAAAUGAAAAUAAACAGAACACCCUGUUUUGUUCUUCAUAUAUAAUGCCAGAAGUUCUGGAUCUUUUUUCUUUAAUCUGACUCAGAGUCCCUUUGCUGCCCAGUUUUUCACUAAUUUAUGUUGCUUUGCUGCUGUUUCUACCAUCGUGGCUUUCCAGGGCAUAGUAGGUGGAGCUUGGGUGUUUUGUUAGAUGUUUUGUUAGAAGUAUGUUCAAAUUUAUCAGGCUCCUUUUCAAUAUUGUAAAGAAAUAAAUGGGAUUAAAAUCUUCCAUUUCUUGGGGAGCCAUCUUUAAGUAACUCAUCUUCAAGUGAAUUAUCUUAAAGAACUUGAAGGUGGGGGAAAUGGCAUUGUCAUAGUCACUUACCUGCUUGCUUCCCCUCAGCCCAAUUACUGCCUGUCUUUUCUCUUGAAGUAAAGGUGCUGUACUCCUAAUUCUGCACCGGUAGUUUUUGCCUAUGUUAAUAUCUGUAAUUUUGACAUCUUGAUGGUGGUAACAAGUACAGUUUGGUGCACUUGCUAAAAUACACUGGUAGGAAUCGAACUGAUGUUAAAAUAACAAGAUAUCAGAAACAGUCUAUAGUAUAGCAAUAAUGUUGUUUUUAUGUCAGUAGUCUGUUACUCUGAAAGGUAUUUCCAAUAAUGGCAUUUAUAACAAAACACCAUCAGGUCUUUAGUCUAAACAGUUGCAGUGAAGUUAAUGCUAGGACUCAUGUAAACAGUCCCCAUUUCUGUAAGAACAUACACAUUAUGGCUUUUAAUAAUGUUAAUUACAUCUAGUGAAAAAAUGCAUGUAGUAAAAGCUUAAUGUCCCUUUAUUGAGAAAUUAAUGUUAUCAGUGAUUUGACUGGGGGCUGUGAAUCUCUCAGUAUUGGGUCUGUGCUAAUGUGUCUGAGAACAUUUUGGGUAGAUAAUUAGUAAACACAUAAUUCCUUAAUUAUAAUUUUCUCAGCAUGAAAUCAUGCAUCAGGAGGCUACAAACACAUUUCAAUGUUGUCAGUUCCACUGUCCUUCCUUCUCCUUCUUUUCAGUCACACACACAAAAUCCAGUAGAAAUGUGUGCUUGGGAGGACUGUAAGGUUUUUAUUCUGAAAUCUAAAUGAGCUAUAUGUUCCCAGGAUUUCAAAGGCUGCCUGGCUUAAAUAGGUCUUUUGAGGAGGAUGACACUAUCCUUCAGAGAGCUGGGUAGAAACCCAGGAUUAGAUAAGACAUUUUUAUAGAUAAGUUUUUCUAUUUUCUGGCUGUAAAAUAGAGUAGUACACUAAGUGAUCUUCCAGCCAACGUGGUAGAUUUGGCAAAAGACUUUUAUCCUAGCUUGAACAGUUAAAAGCAAUCAUGAUUCCUUUACAUUCUGUCUGGAUUUAAAAUUUGCCAUUUGUAACAAGUAAUUUCUUACUAGUACGUGAUUUACUUUAAGAGAAGUCUUUUGUCUGUCUUUUAAUAACAUUGUUCUGCCUGGAAUUUCCUGUUCAGGCAUAAUACCGGUGCAAAAAAUCAUCACCUACAAAAUAACAUGUAUGCCUGUACAUGAAUGCAGAAGUCACAGCAGUCAUGGUAAACUUACUUUUCAUCUGCUCACAAGUUCUGAAAAAGUGUCUCCAUAGCUAGUCAUAUAGAAAUAACUGGACAAUUUUUUAUUCCUUCCUUCCUUCCUUCUAUUCUGUUUCUGGAUCUUCAUUAGCAAAUAAAAUACCAUGAAGUGUCUUCAGUUGUUUAAAUCUAUUGCAUGGUUUGUGUACUCUGCACUUUCUGCGUGAAAGUGAAGGAUCUCUUUAAAGUUUUUGACAUCCGAUUCCUCAGUCAAAAAGCAGAUCAAAUCCUGUACUUAAAUUUAGAGAAGAUGUGUUCAGUAGUUAAAAGGAACCUGAGAACCAGAACUACAUCUUCCGUUUGUCCUUUGCUUUUAAACAUACUUAGUAGCUAGCUCUUAGGCUUUGAAGCAGGUAGCUUCUAAACCUGUUACCUUUUUCUGGAAUGUAAUUGAACUCUACCUUGGAUAAUUUAAAAAGAAAAAAAAAAUCUUGAUGUUUCUGUUUCCAUCUUUCUUCCCUUUAAGUGAAGUUUUUCUUUUGUCUUCCUUGUCUCAGUAGGGAGGCAAAACCCAGCAAAUUCAAGAAAUGCACCUAUGUUGAUACUGUGUUUCUUGUAAGGAGAUGUAGUGUUUAAACCUUCAGUUUUUUGUGGGGGCUUCCUUCUUUGUACUGUUAGGGUUUCAGGUAUAUCUGAUAAAGUCUUUUAGUCUACUGAUGCAUCCCUACAUGAAUGAAUAUUAGAAGGAUUUUUCCUCGGAACAAAAGCCCAAGAUGAGAUGAGACGUGGCUGAUAUUGGCACCAACCAUAUCAAUCUAGUGAAGGAAAGUCCUUGAAUUUUUGAACUUAAAGAUCAGUUGUUUUGAAAUGCUAGUAUUACAUCAGUUAAAUCUCCUCUUUGUUGGAGGGUUUUAGUAUGCCAGCUUAGGUUGCGGGUCUCUGAUCUUUGUGAAUCUUCAUUGCCAAAGCACAGUUUGGGAUGGGGGAAGAGGGAUAAGUUGCAGCUAAGUCUUUUGAGGUACAGUUGUGCUCUAAAUGGCUGUGCAUCAAAAUUUUCAUGCAUUUUAGACACAAGAAAUGUUAGGAAACUCGCUCACUGUGAUGUUAAUAGUGAAUCUGUGAGGGUUGGUUUUUUGUUUUUUUUUUUUUUUUUUUUCUUCACAAAGAGUUCAGAUCGCUUGCACAAUCAGUGAUGCAGGAGCCCUUUUGUUCUGCUGUAUGUGUUGUGCCAGCCCUGAUGCUGCUGCUUUGGGGUUGUAUGCACAGAGGCCUCUUUUUACAGUCUCAUUCACUUUUUCAUCUCAUUAGGAAACCUCUCUGUUCUUGAGAUUGAGUUACACAUAUUGUAUACAAUUUCCAGCUUCGUAAAUGGAAGUUAUCAUGCAAAAUAUAUUUUCCUAGCGUCUUUCUCUGCACUUUUUCCAAAGUAACACCAAGGAUUUGGAGUGUGAAUACAUAUACACCUUUCUAAGCUCAUAGAUGAUGUCAGUGAUUGCUGCUUGUUAGGGUAGUGGGUAUAACCUAUGUUAGGAUGGGAAGAAUCCAAUCUCUUCUUGCUUGAGGCUACUAAAAAAUGUUCAGGUGUCAUCUAGCAAGUCCAUUUUAUUCCUGAAUAUGACUUUCAAGGCUACGGCAUCUUGGUUUUCUCUGUAUAGGAAACUUUAUUAGAGGUAGACUUUGUUAAAAUAGCUAAUUCUAUUUGUGUUAAAUGUAAAAAUCCAAAUGAGAAUUGAGAAACUUCCUGCUAUUUUGACUUAUAUCAAGUUCCUAUUUGUGAAGUGUUCUCUAUUGGACAAAAAUUUUAUUUUGAUCAACUAUACUUGAGGUCCUUGGUUUCUGUGAUUGAAAGGUGGCGAUUAGGAGGUAGCUUCAUGAUGCCUUUGCUCUGCUCCCUAAAACAAUGCCAGGAGAAUUAGAUAGUAUUGAAGACUGCUCUUGGAGCUGGUUGCAUCUGAUAUGCCUUAAAAGCAUUUGGUUUAUAUUGCAGUUCAGUUCUGAGUAAUGUCAAAGUACAACAUACUAAGUCUUAGAGUUCUGAUUCUCAUCUAGAAUCUAGUGUUUUAAAAAUUCUGAGAAGUUAAUAACUAAGAAUAUAUAGAAUUGUCAAAGAAUGAGUAAAAGAGAUCAUGAGAGAUGAGCCACAACACCAUGCUAUGAAAAAGGUUAUACCGGACACUUCUGUCAACGCUUUUCAUGAGACAAGAAUGAAGAGGCACUGUGCAAGAAUGAGAUUAUUUCAGAUUCAAUUUUGAAAUCUCUUUUCUUCUCUGAAAGUUGUCCUGAAGCUGAAAGUUAUAUAAUCUCUUAUGUUGAGUCCAAGGGCAAAUUUUAUACUAAAAAGGCUAGUAUUUGUAAAAAAUCUAUUUUGUUAAGCUUGGAGGAAUAUUGAGAAACCCUCGUGUUUCACAGGACAGCCAGCUCUUAGUGCUGCUGAAAUACAUGAUACUUCCUUAAGGCGUUUUAUGAUUGCAUCAUUAGGAUUUCUUGCUUCUGCUUCCUUUUGUGUGUUUGAUAGUUGCAAGGAUUAGGUAAAUACUGAACUAGGUGAAACCUUUUUUAUGGUUUGUUAGUAUACAUAAUUCAGUGGUGAGAACUUUACUUCCAUUUGUUGUGACUACAUAUAGAAGUUAACAUAAUAUGGCACAAUACUCUGCAUAGUGGUCAGGAUUCACCUACAGUGAGAACUAUUGAUGCAGCAGUGAGCUUUGUCCUCAAGCCCUGCUCAUAGUUGUUGAGAAAUUAAAACAUUAUUUUAAACAGAUUAUGUUGAUACUAAUGAAAAAAAUCCCGAACUACAGAGGCAUUCAAAUACUGAUGCUAAGAUAAUACCAGUCUUCCUUUCUUGGCACAAGUGUAAUUGUUGAAAAGGAUGCAGGUUGUGUGCAUUAAGGGUGGUGGCUUCCUGGUAUCUGCUCACCAGUAUUUGUCAUAUCAAAGGUUCUCAACUAAAACAAAACCAUCUGGAGUUAGUCUUAUGCAAGUUAGAUUAGUAAUUCGUCUUCUCUGAUGAAAUCUUACACGGAUAAAUACUCAGAAUUUGACUUUUUUUUUUUUUUUAUGGAAUCUCUCAUCUGACAUGCCAUUUCCUACUAGAGUAGGAAACUACAGAAAUAUGCUAUUUCAGAAUAAAUGGUAUAAGUCUUCAAAAAAGUAAAAACCACAAUUCCCCGGUGAAAAUAAUCCAUGUCAGUCCUUAGAAACUUGCCUUGCAGGCUUCUUGACUCCACUUUCCUUUUGUGUGUGGAUUAGACAGAUCUCCUUUGCCCUUUCCCUUUUCCCUUUCCCUCUGUACUAAAAGCUUUUGUGCAUGUAGGUAAGCACAGACUUUGCAAAGCAUUUGAUAUUUUCUUUUGCAUCUUUUCAAUUCUAUGUACUCAAAUUAUUUCCUAUUAUAGUACAUUUAGCUCUGAGCGAUGUUCUGGCUUUAGUAGUGAGACACUCUGCAUCAAGUUUUAUCAUAUGAAUAACAUUGUAGGUCUCAUACUCAAGAUUACACAUUCACAUGGACAGCCAGGCACUGGGAGCUGGGGAGAUAGCUUGCAAAUGUUUUCCCUAAAAUAUGGCAGUAUUUUUUUCUCUCUUCCAUACCUGCCUGGCCUUACAUUCUCAUGAGAAAGCUGGUCCUGCUCAUCAUACGUUGCAUUUGUAGGAAGACACAGAGUCAAAAGAGAAACUGGGGAAUAUGCUGAAUGGGAUUGUAUAGCAGACCAGGAGAAAGGGAUAAAUAAGAAUCCUGAAAAAAAUUUGGUGAAAGGUGGCUGGAAAUUAGAAGGAUGGCAAAUGGGAGGAAAGUGUGGAGGCUGUGUCAGUAUAAAAAACUUAACAGCUAGUGUAAGGAUUGAGAAAGAUAAUGGCAGUGUGAGCAAGGAGAUGAGAAUGAGGUGGUGGAAGCUAACAGAAGUUACGCUCCUGGCACUGUGGGGAUAAAUCAGGGCAAACUCAGUUGCUGGAGCAGCCAGAGAAGAGGCUGGGUUUUCAUGGCUGAAUGACACACUUAGACACAAGUGGACAGUAUAUAAUGUACCAAGAGUGUCUGUAUAUAUACUAUAAUGUGUGUGUGGAAAUGUGUAAUAAUAGUACCCAUAUGCAUACACAGAUUCCCCCCCCUCCCCCCAAUCUCUCUUAAAUUUUAUGUUCUAUGUCAUGACUCUUACAGACUCAAGUUGAUGAGUUUGAGUAGAGUUAGGAACACAUUCUCUGUUCAUUCAGAAGAUGAGUAUGGAGUGCUAUUUUAGUGAGUGAAUGAUGCCAUCAUUCCUACUGUAACUAGGAGAAAGCUGUCUCUACCAGCUGAUUAAAAAUCCUUAUGCUUUUUAAUAGUCCCUAAGAAGUAAUGUGGAUUUUUUUUUUCUUUUUUUUUCUUCUUCCAAGUUUUGUUGAUUUAGUAGCUCUAAAACAGAAAUACCUAAUAGUUGCUCUUCAGACCUAAGGCUAGCUCUGGAUUGCUUCAGUUGAGAAUAUAAUAAAGACACGUGUGCUGCAUGCUUCUGCAAAAAGUGGCUGAUUAGAUUAAGCAAACAAAUAUGUAAUCAACAUAUAUUUUCAAAGUACAGUGCCAGAACUUUCAAGUGACUGAUACUCAUUUCACAGUGAAAAUACAAACUGUCAUUUAAUUUUGCUACUUACAGAUAAAGGCUUUUUGUUGAAAACAAAACACUUUUCAAUGGAAGACAUUUUGAUUUUUAUUGCUGGAAGUGUAUGUGUGUAUUGCCGGUGAAGUAACUGUCUUGGAAGUUUUAUAAAUUCCUAUUUUAUAGAGGAAAGAAUUCUCACAGGUUUUUUUUUUUUGAAAAUUGAAAAAUAGGCUGUUAAAUGUCUUGGCUUCAAAGAAGCACAGCUGUAAGCAUCAGAAGUACAGCUAUAUAGGAGAAAACUACAACUUUUCUAAAUAUUUUUAUCUUCUAAAAAGUUUCACAGACUAAGUUUAACAUUUUUUCCAUCCCAGACAGCUUGGAUUACUGUUUGUAAUUAUUAUCUCAGUGGAAGCAUCUGAUCUUUCUGGUUCUGCAAGACAUAAUUUUGAUACAUUACACAAUCUGUCAAGUUCUGGCUUAUGUUGAACAAUUUAAAGCAUGGCUUAGUUACGUAUCUUUUUUUUUUUUUAAAUGCAGUAUUUUCUUAAUAUUUGUCAUAUUGCGUAUAAAUUGAUUUUGCUCCAAUAAAGAUAUGUAGGUAGGUAGAGCUAUUCCAGAUAUACCUACAGUCACAUAAAGAAGUGGUUGUAUCACUUCAGUAUAAUUUUCUGGUGUAGACAAGGCAAGGACUGCAAGUAUCUUACAUAUAUUGUCUUUGAAGACAGAAAGUUAUCUUUAACUGGUUUUGACCGUUCAUAGAAAUUGUGUGUGGACCUUUUUGCUCACCAAAAUAAGCUUUUAAAGGGAACUUAUCAUGGCCAUUUAAAUAUAAGCCUGACCUGAGAAACUGAAAGUUACCUAUAACAUGACUGGAAUAGCUGUUUCUACCAAGUUCCCAAGAUCUCAGAGAUAAACUUAAAAUUUCCAUUCAGAAAAGUUGAGGAAUGUUCCCUUGGCUGCUAAAAACUGGGAAAAACAAUAUCUUUUAGUAAAAAGCACACCCAGCUUUCUGGUGUGUGCUGGCAGAUGCAUAUUUUCUACUCUAUGUGCAAUAGCUUUUUUUCUUUGCCUUUUUAUUUAGAAUGAUGGUGCAUGAAAAUAUUUUAAACAUUAUAUUAAAAUCUUACUUUUUCAACUUCCAUCACAUUAAAAAACCUUCCUCUAAAAAGAGUCAUAACACCUGAUAAAUUAGUAGCUUAACUGUGUAGCUAUUCUAGCCCUCAAAGAAAGAGUAGGAUGAAUUGAUGAAAAAAUGUAGCUCAGGAUCCAGUCUAUUAUUACUAUUAUCAUAUGUUAGGGAAAAUCAAGUCCAAAUAUUUAUACAAUACUUUUACAUUUGAACUUCUAUUUAUAGCUGACUUUUUUCUCUCUUCUCCUAUUCUGCUUUAUUUUUCUGUGUGUGUUAAGAUUUAGGGAAGGAGUAGAUCUGGUAAGUAUAUACCGUCCUCAGAUUGAGAAUUUGCAUAGCAAGACUUUAACAUUCUUCCUUGCUUAACACAAGGCCUAAUGUUCAUUGAGAACUAUUUUUUAUCAAAGGUUGAGGGUCUUCCUGGCUUUGUAAUCAGUACACUUAAGGAUUAAAAAAAUCUGAGUAUCUUCUUUCAAUUCAAUGAAGAGCUGAGUCCCCCACCCCCAGCUUUCCAUGGGAGAAACUUGUCCUGAGAUGGAGCAUAGAGUUUCAGAUGAAACUAAGACAUUUUCCUUUGAAAAGAGAAUUUUCAUGAUUCUUUCAUAUUUGGAGAUAUAUAGCACAAAUUGAUGUAUAAAUGGUAUUCACAGGUAAGUAAUUUCCCACUUAAGUGCAAGUCUAAUGGAAAUCCCCAGAAGUUUGAGUUCAAACUCAUUUGAUGUUCCAGGUAUGUUGCCAUUAGAAAAAUAAGUAUUAAGGUAAAGUUAAAAGUUCUAAAAAAGAAAAUAUUUUAGUUUAUAUCUUUCUGUAGUCCAGUGAAAAACACAUUUAAAAUAUCAUUUUUACUGGGGAGAUGGAGGGUCUUAUUUUCAGUUUGGGUGGUGGGGUUUUUUUUUUUUUUUUUUUUAGCUGUUCUCUUACUAGUGCGGUAGAAGAGUAUGAGAGUUUUGCUUAAUUUUAGAUAUUGCGCAGUCUCUGUCCUUCGAGGUUUUCAACAUAAAACUGGAUAAACCCAUGAGCAACCUGGUCUGACCCAAUAGCUUUGAGCAGGAGGUUGAACAAGAGAUUUCUGAGGUUCAUUCCAACCUGACUUACCCUGUGAUCUUUAUGAUACUGAAUUCCCCUGUUUUGCCAAAGGGUAAACAAAGGAACAAAAAAACUAGUGAUUUAAUUUUUAGUUACCUUCAGCUGUACACCAGCAUAUAUGAUGUAAGGAACCAACCUUCAAAAGACUGUAUCAAAAAUUCAUUUUUUUUUUUAGCUUGUUUUUCUUCAAGCUUUUAACAUGCUUGAGGAAGCGCAUGUUAUCUGUUUGGAUUGGAAGGAUUUCUUAAUGUUUAGUGGAACUUUUUCCAGAGAUGGUAAAUGCUUGGUCAUUCCAUACCAGUGACUAAUAGUUUGUUCAACUUAGUCAUUAUUGAAGUUGAAGUACUUGCUUAGAGUCCUCCUACAAGCAAUGAAAAUUUCUUGUAAAUAAGAUGUGAUAGCAUGCUGUCACUGUCUUCGAAGCUCCUUCUGAUUAUGUAGUAACAGUGAGGUAAAAAAAAAAAUCUCUCUAUAUAGAUAUACAUAUAUAAUGCAAUUGUUAUAUAUGCAUAUAUAACUUCAGUCUCUAUAAGUAUAUGGCCUUUAUAAUGGUACCCAGUGGCACAUUUUAUAGACUUAAUAUUAGUUUGCUGCUUUCUUGUUUGUUUCAAAAUUGUGCAGUCCUGAAAUAGAUUGUGCAGGUAGUGUUGUAAAGCUCUAAAGCACAUGCACGAUUAAAAUAGAUUGAAAGUGUUUGCUUUAAAAGAAAAAAGUAAUUUAGGUAACUGCUUUACUUCCUUAAACUGAAACAGCCUAGGUUUGUCCAUGUGCUUUGUUAUUACUGUUCUUGAAGGUGCAUUUCUCUAGAGCAUGUUUCUAAGUUCUCCAAAGGAGCUGUAAGUAGAUCUGGUGUGUUUGCAAACAUCAGCCCUUACGUCUAGAUGAAAUGGGUGUUAGAGAUUUUUUUUUUUUCUUUCUUUCAAGCAGAAGCUGGUCUACAUAGUGUAUUUCAUUGUUCAUGCCCACACCAGUCCCAGGUCUUGCCUGACCUUUAUGUCUAAACCCAAAUUCUGUAAUUAAUUUUCAAGUUUAAGCAUAUUAACAGAAGACUGCACAAUAUUAAAUAUAAUUUUGAGACUGUGAUUAUCUUAAAAAAAUUAAAAUGAAAAUAGAGUUUGCUGUGUCUUGAAACAUGCUACUUUUCAAGCACUUGAAAAGUCCAAACCACGUUUAUUCUGGUGUUUCUACUACAGCUGAGUUUUGAAAGGAAUACCAACACAUUUUAAAAACUGUAGACAAAAUUCCCCCUUCUGAAUUGUAAUUAAAUCAGCAGCAAGGAACAGUUGCACAUGGAAAAUACUACCUGGACAGCUAUCAAGCAUACUUGUAUAUAGCAUAGUUACAAGAUCUAAAAAUUGUUAGCAAGAUCUCUCUGUUUUCUAAAGGUUGACUAGGUCUGCAGCUUGAUAUGGUGCAGUGUGUUACUGCUUGCUGUUUGUGCCUGGUCAAGAAGAAUCCUGCCUUUUCUUUAUGUCUGCCUUCUGUGCUUUCUUAUCCAUGCAUAAUUUGUAGGCAGAAAUAAUGUUUUUAAUUAGACCAGUGUUGUUUGGUUUUUGUUUUUUUUUUAAAGCCACACCAACCUGUCGUAAGGAUGCAAACUUGCUUAUUUUAGGUCAGCUGAUAUAGUUGGAUAAUAAGAUGUCUUUUCCCUACAGAUCUUGCUUUAGCUCUUAAAUCCUCAAACAGCAACGACUCUUUGUUGCUUCCCUAGCAGGAACUCCACCUACUUAAAAUGGAUGUAUAAGGUGUUUUCUCUUUGUCAAUACAUAUAUUCUCAAAAUCAUUAUUCUGUUGGCUAGUUCACUAAAUCUAGUGGUUAGGAAUAUCAAUAAUGUUGAUGAAUAUGGAUUUCUGUGGAUCACUGCUCUCCUGUUGGAAGUCCCUGUUCUCCAGAGACUUACAAGUAAGCAUAUGGUAUUAAGACUAGGAACGUAAAAAACUAAAUUCACUCAGACAAUUCUUUUAUUACAUUAAAUUGAUUUAUAUGCUGCAGUUGUACUCUGGAGAUCUUUGGGCAAAGGUAGGUUCUCUCUUUCACACUAUUCCCAGCUUAUCAGGAAUAUCCUUUGUUUCCAAAGGAGUGGAGAAAAAAAAUGAUCAUUCUAAUCACCUACAAAAGCAUGCUAGAUUUGUCAUUUCUGUAGUAUGUAUUGCAUUUGCUGACAAUUUCAAACAGGGCUUUUAAAAAAAUGCAACCAGACAUUUUAAUGCUAGUAUUAAACUUUAGAAUUUCUGCGUUCACAUUAUAAAACUGGAAUGGUGGAGGCUUUAAAUAGCAGGUGCAGUCCUGCCGGCCAUUUUUGUGGAGCAAUAACUACUGCUUCCUGUCUGGAAGAAAAAAAAAAAAAAAAUCCUGCUUGCUCAAAGGCUUCUUCACAUGCUGCGUGCUUCUCUCCCACUUUGCCAUUUUCUUUUCCCUGCGUCACGGAAUUCUUCAAGGGAUAUACAGUCUUUCUCCCUAAGAGCACUUACUGUGUAUGUUUCAGUCUACAAUUUCACCGUAAGUCUGGAUGGGAAUACUGGCAGUUAAGUCUGUCUGUGUUUUGCACAAUGGUUGAAGUUGCAUUAGUUUCUGCAGAACUCUGUCCUAUCAGGUUAUCAUUACCGCAACAUAUACAGCAAGCCAUCGCACUUUACUGAAAUUCAAAGAGGGUUCUAUAUAAUGGUGUUUUAGUCCACAGAAAUUAUUCACCAGAAGUACCAGGAGUUAUUUUUAACCCAUUACACAAUAUUUUAUUGACCAAAUUAAUAACUUUUGUUCAGAAUGUUGGUAUUUGAAUAAGUUUUUAAACUUUUUUGCAAGAUGUCAAAAUGCAAGUAAGGAGUAGGCAUGAGACAAGUUUUCCUGAAAAAUACUUAGAAGCAGCAAUUACCACAAGUAACUAACAAACAUAGUUUAGUAGUGGUAUUUGAAAAUGGAACAAUUGGGGGAAUUUUAAUUAGAAGUUAAUUUUAAUUUGAAGUGCCAUAUUAAAAAUCUUAGAAAUUAAUGUUGCAUUUACUAGACAUUAAGAGUAUCAGAGUAUCUUUCCUUAUGUGUCUACUCUUUGGCAUCCUUGCACAGAAAGGAGGACUCAAGCUCAGGAUUGAAAAGCGAAUUAAUUUUUCAGUUUAUUACAGUCCAUGGCUUUUUGGUACCAGUUACUGUGAAUUGGACAUCUGCAUGGUAGCAGCCGGUAACCCUGCUGAUUUAGGUAACAUUCUACUGACCAGAUGUUGUGUGAUAAUUCUAGUUCCAAUCAGUCUGAAUAAACUACCUGGUAGUGAAAGGUGGUAAAUUGCACUAAUCUUCUAGAAAAUUUAUCCCUCACAAAAAAAGUUUCUCUUUGUUCAUGCGGUAGCAGAAAAGACUUCGUAUAACUACAUGAUAGAUAAAUCAGGGUUUUCUUUAAAAACUACUAUAACUUUUGUAAAAGUUUACUUGUUUGUACAUGAUAGCAGGAAUAACGGGUUUUGCUGCUUAUUUUGCCAUAGAAUGUAUCUGAUAUGCAUACUGCAUCUCACUGUAGACGUCAUGUGAAAGAACUUAAAACUCCUAGUGUUUUUCUUUUCUGUGAAAAGUGCAUUGAUACAAAGGCACAACCAGCCUCGUUGAUGUGCUGUCUUGAGGAGAUUAGGACACUGCUGAUGGAGUACAAAUGAUUAAUGCCCAGUCUCCAAUAGAUGAAGAAUCUGUUAUUCUUAAAGCCAGGUGUUUCUCAGCCUGCCGUACCUUUUUCUCCAAUGUAGUGCUUGUGUCGCAGUUGAUCACGUUCAUGACACGUUGACGCUUGUAAAACUGCAUCUUGUAGCAGUAGAUAAUUCACGAGGGAAUAUGUAUUCCAAAAAUAGAGACUAGUCUAAUGAAGGUGUAUUUUGUGUACUAAAGCAAUAACUGUAUUUUAACUUGCACUGAAAAUAAACUGUUGACAUGGGAUUA